AACGCGUCCAUUCCCGCCAUGUGCACGUACUAGAUUUGUCUUCCUCCCCUCCAUUGCUCCCGUCUGCUCGCCGACCAGACGGACAACUCUGCGACUCGCAUGGCAAGCCUGAGCAACAAGAGCGGGCCACCCAACCGCGACCUCUUCGAAGCGACUCUUUCUGGCUCACUCGAUCGUCCUUACAUUCCCAGGUUACGAUCGGAUUCACCGCCAAACCGCCUCAUACCCCACAGCCUGAAAGAGUUUCGUGCACGGGAAGGGCAUGAGAGACGGGAGGAGAGACUUCGCAGGCUGUGGUCGCAGCUGCCGAAGCGGAGCGGAACGCACGACGAGGACGAUGAAACAAUCGCGCAUGCGCUGCCUGUCGUAGCGGAUUCACAUCCUGACCUCACACCCGAGAGAGCAAGAAACUUGAAGCGAAUGUAUGAUGCGGAACUUCGCUAUCGUCUCGGGGCGCAUACAAGCGGAUUCGUGCAAAGGAAAAGCCCGUGGAGAGAGUUCGAGAGAUAUACAGACGCUAAGGAAGCUGAGUUAUGGCAUUUGUUUCAUGACGAGCUCGACCUAGACGGCAGCGGUCGCCUUGAGGCGCAUGAGCUCAUACAGGCUCUACAGAACGCCGGCAUCGAACUAUCCCCAUCUGCUCUCGCAGAGUUUAUGAGCUUUUUUACCUCUUCGCCGCAUGCUCAUUCCAUCACGUUCCCGGAAUUUCGAGACAUCCUUCUUCUAAUGCCUCGUAAAGCCUCGCCGUCCGAAAUUUACAGGUACUAUCAAGCACAUCAAUUUGCUGAUGACGAUGCGAGAGGUGCUGCCCGCGUCAACAUGGAAGGUGAUGUCAGCCUUAGUGCGGAAGAUAUGUCGACGAGGCGCCACAGCCCCAUACCUCUGCAAAAUGCGCAGGUACCCGUGGACUAUGCUCUGGGUACAGAGUGGGACGUAGAGGACGUUAUCGAUGAUGGAGAGUACGAUUACUUCGAGGAAGAAGAGCCUCCAGGGUGGUUCGAGGGUGCUAUGGCCAUCAAGUUCUUAUUGGCGGGAGGAAUUGCUGGCGCCGUAUCACGGUCGUGCACGGCGCCGCUUGACCGUCUCAAAAUAUUCCUCAUUACACGCCCACCAGACCUCGGUGGUAUCUCCUUAAGUUCAAAAGCGCCAGUAAGGGGAGUCAGGGCGAUCGCCAGUGCGGUCGCGCGAAUAUAUGCCGAAGGAGGUGUGCUGGCGUUCUGGACAGGAAACGGUCUCUCCGUUGCAAAAAUUCUGCCAGAGUCAGCGAUCAAGUUCUUGGUGUAUGAAUCAUCCAAACGUAUGUUCGCUCAGUAUGUGGAUCAUGUCGACGACUCUCGGGAGAUCAGCGGCGUGAGCCGAUUCCUGUCAGGAGGGAUAGGCGGGAUCAGCAGUCAACUAACCAUAUAUCCUAUCGAGACACUCAAAACUCAAAUGAUGAGCAGUACGGGCCAGCAUAAGCGUACCUUGCUGUCUGCGGCGAAGAAGGUUUGGUCCCUCGGAGGGUUCAGAGCUUUCUACCGUGGCUUGACGAUUGGCCUCGUUGGUGUCUUUCCAUAUUCAGCGAUUGACAUGAGUACAUUCGAGGCUCUCAAGCUGGCCUAUUUGAGAUCCACGGGUAAGGAGGAGCCGGGAGUCCUUGCAUUACUAGCAUUCGGCAGCGUCUCUGGGAGCAUUGGUGCCACCAGCGUAUAUCCCCUCAACCUGAUCAGGACGCGUCUGCAAGCAUCGGGCUCCUCCGGCCACCCGCAGCGGUAUACUGGCAUUCUCGAUGUUGCGCAGAAGACAUACGCGCGAGACGGGUGGCGUGGUUUCUACCGCGGGCUACUUCCGACAUUAGCGAAGGUGGUUCCGGCAGUUUCGAUAUCGUACGUCGUAUAUGAAUCUAGCAAACGCAAGCUGGGUGUGUAGGUCGCUGGUAUCUACUUCUCCUACCCUCAUCAUCUUCAAAGCUUGUCGCUCUCCGGUCAUUCAGCAUACUGUAUCUAUAAUCACGCACCUUAUGUCCGGACUCAGACUAAUUGACAUAGAAGUCGGUCGAUACCUCACAGCUAUGUAUGUGGAACUCCAUCAAGCAUUUGUCAGUCUCAGAGUAAUGGAAUGCAGAAAUAGAGGGGGGACUUUCGCAUUUUAAACGAUGAUUUUGCAUAUAGCAGACAACUAACCCGAACUUGACUUCCAUCUUCGCGUGCG